GUCAGCAAGAUGUGAGCAGUGCCAGGCGGGUCAUCUCCCCAAUACCACAGAAAAUGUAGCUAACACGGAUAAUAUAAUGCCAGUGCGACAUCUCAAUAGUGUAUACCGCAGCUAAAUUGUAUCAGUAAAUAAUGGAGUCACCAGAGGAAAGUUAUAAUAGAGAUCAGCGUGAAGAAGAGUCGGGGAAGAAGAAAGAGAUGGCACUCGGAGAAGGGGGACGUGAUGAAAGCGGGGAAGGGGGUAAGGAAGACCCCAAGAAUAGUAGCUCUUCCCUGAUGCUCGGUCUGCUCGAUGAAUUUACAAAGAUUUAUUCGGAUCGUCUCCAGCGCGUAGAAGAAACGGCCAUGAAGUGUGACGAGAAACAGUACUGGGAGAACAAGGUUUGCGUGUUAGAGUCGUGGGUACGUGAUCUCGGGGAACAGAACGCAGUACUGGUAGUCACGGUGGAGGAAUUGGAACGAGAGGCGGCAGAUCGUGUCGCCCUCCUGGAGGACCGCCUCAACAAGAUGGCCGCCACGACCAGAGAGUCGUGUGUAUCUCUGCGAGACCACCAGAUCCAGGUGUCAUCACUAGUCACAGACAAAAUUGGUUUAGAAAAGAAGGCACAAGGGUUGGGAGAAAAGGUACUCACUCUGGAAAGGAAGAAUGUUUGCCUGAAGGAGGAGAAUGUUAACCUGCAGAGUGAUCUCAAUAAUCUUGUACAAGUGAUAACCCGUGCAAGACAGACGGGUCAGUGGGAAGCUGAUGACCUGACAUUCUCGUGCGUUACCCCAGAGCAAGUGUUCGGACCUGUGUUAUCCUCCUCCAGAAGAUCCUCCCAGUCUCUUAAGGAUGGCCAAAGAGAUUACCUCCACCAACUUUUGGAGGAUCACCUUAGAAAGGACAACUCCUCCAUGGCUAGUUCAUUUUCCAAUCUUCAGGAUGCAGAAAGUAGUAUGUAUGGAGGACGAGGGUCUGAAAAAGACCUGAUCAUCAUGAAGUUGAGGUCUGACUUCAGAAAUUUACAGUCAUCAUAUGAGGAAACCAGCCAACAGCUGCUAGAGAGAGACAAACAGAUUGCAGAUUUGCAGACACAACUGACAGAAACCCAUCAUGAACUAGCCCUAUCCCAGGCUGAAGUCAACACUGUUAAGCAUACACUGCAGGAAGUACGUCAUCGCAACAGACAUGAAAGUGUGGAGAUCACCCGCAAGGAAGAAGUCAUCCGCCAUUUACUCUCCAAACAAAGCUUCUUAAAGAAAGAUUCUAUGAAAGGGUCGUCACCAUCUAUGGGUGACAUAGACACAGUCAUUACCGGUGAAAAUAAUGUUGAGGCACAACUGAGUGAAAACAUUGAUGUGUUAGCAAGUCGUCUAGCAGACUUAGAAGAUGAAUGUCAGCAGCUGAGGAACCAACACACAGCACUCCAGGAGACACAUGCCCUUUGUUCCCCAACCAUCAAUAUGCUCCAGGAACAACUUAAUAGGUCACAUCAGACACAAGUGGAGUUACGCACGGUACUAACAGCUGAGGUUGCCCAGCGGCACGAUGAGUUGGUCACCCUCAGAGAUGAGUUGAAAGAGCAGGAGCAGAUGCAUCAUGAAACUCAGAUGCAGCUUCAACUUAAGGCUGAGGUCAUUAAGGAUCUCAGAAAGGAAUUACGUGAUAUGAAGGACAGGCAAUUGACUGUUGAUGGCAAGAAUACUUUAACCUCAAUGAAGGAUGGUGUGUACAAUGGUAGCAAGGAGACUAAGUCAACAGAGGUGCAGACAAGUGAGAUAUUUUCAAACAAGAACAUAUCCUUGGCUGAAGAAACAAACAGAAUGUCAUCAAAUGGAUUUUACUCACCAGCAUCUCAACCUUCCCAAAUAUCAAAAUUGGAAAAUGAGCUUGCGGAGAAAUGCAUCCUCCUGCGGGAGCUUCAGAGCCACCUGGCUUCAUCUCGACAAGAGUUACACUUAAAAGAUGAGACUCUCCAAAAGUUAGAGCAAAAAUUGGACUCAUCACGACGUGAAGGAAGUCAGAAAGGAGAACGUAUGCAGUACUUAACAGGUCAGCUGACCAGUCUCCAAUUAGAGGUUGGUCGCACUCAUGGUCAAGCUGAACAACUUCGCAGACAGGUCGAAAAGAAGACAGAAUUAAUUGAGAAGAUGGAAACCGAAAAUUCUUCUUUAACUCAGCAGCUGAAUGAAAAAUCAUCCACAUUGGAAAGAUUCCAAACAGAGAUUCUCAAAAUAUCAACUGAUCUGGAGAAGAGAAGGAAGGAGGUGGCUGAGCAGAGAAUGACAAUUAGGACCUUGCAGGAGGCAUUGGUGUCCAGUAAAAGACAGUGUGAUGAACUACACUCCCGCCUGGACAAUGAUGUCAGCACCAAGGAGUCUGAGGCCGAACGUCUUGAACGAGAUCUGGAGGAGGCACAGUCCCUACACCACCACACCUACACCCAGCUGGUAGAAAGCGGAGCGCGCGGUGAGGUGCUACAGGAGGAGAAUCGCGCCCUCUCUAGGCGUGUGGGAGCACUUCAGGAAGACCUCUCCCACGCCCACAAGCAUGACACGCGCCAGACUCACUACUGGAAGACCCUGGCUGAGGAGGCUACCCAAAAACUGACACAGGCGAAGAAAGAGAACGAGACGGUCAGCAGGGAGAAGGAGCAGCUGCUACGUCAGGCACAGGAAGCGGAGAGGAGGAGGCAGGAGGUACUAAACUCUUUACACCUGCUCCAGGGACAGGUACAGACUCUGGAGGAGGAGGUCACAGCAGCGGCGGAGGCGAGGGCGGAGGCGGAAAGGCGGGCAGAAGACAUACAGAGGAACAACUUGCAGUUACAGGAACAUCUCUCUGUCCAUGAGACGAGCGAGAGUGUGGAGAGACUGGGUCAACAGCUAGAGGAAGCGGUGGCAGCCCUGACAGCGGCGAGGGAAGAGGCAAGGAAUAAGGGCGAGCUACUCCGUCGGGCACAGCAGGACGUGGAUCAGCUGUCCGACGCCCUGGGCUACGAGAAAGACCUCAACACAACUUUACACGACCAGGUGGAAGUGCUCAUGAAGGAGGCGACGAUGCAGGAGAACAAAGGUGGAGAGCUACAGCAAGAGAUGAGGAGACUAACACGUGAUGCACUACAGAAGGAUAGACAGGUGGCAACACUACAGUCACAGCUGGAGGGGUUGAGGUGCCAGGUGACGACGAUGGAGGAACUGCUAGACGAAGAACAGCGUGAGGUGGCUUCCCUGACCGACUCCCUUACCCAGGAGAACAAAAUCCUUCAGGAGGUCAGGAUCAAGUGUGAUAGAGCCAGGAAGGAGGCGGCGCGGAGUGAGGAACAGAUUGCAGCACUGAAACGUGAAUUGCAGGAAACGCAAGACAAGAUUUCUCGCCAGGAUCGCCGCGCCAGAGAGAUGGAGAGUGAGCGGGAAGCGGAGGUGGCGGCGGUAGCUGAGAGGUUGACGGCGAUGCACGAGGAGAGUGUGAGGAGGUUGGAGGAUACGUUACUAAGCUAUACUCGCAUGCAGGCACACGAGGAAUACCAGGUGGAGAGCCUGGAGGAGUCGGUCAAGGAGUUGGGAGCUCGUCUGGCGGACUCUGAGCUGCGGGUGAAGGAGACACAGAAGGAGAGAGACGCCCUGGGUCGCAGCCUGCAAGAGGAGCGAUCACGCCGGGAACAAGAUGCCCACGAGCACCAGCGGCAGAUCCUCAGGCUGACUGAGGAGACCUCUUUGUUGAAGGUGAGGGGGAGGAAAGAGAUAAAUGAGGAGAGUGAUUAAGGAAGGAGAGAAAGG